AUGGAGGAUGAGGAAAAGUUUAUUGUCACGAAAGAUAGCGUUUUUGGUCUAUUUUUGCGCAAGUUCGCUUUGGGUUUUCAUCACCUGAGUUUCGAAGAGAUGAUACGAUUCAUGGAUUUGUUUUUUGAUGCAUACGACACGAUUGUACAAAAUAGCCCACCGGAAACCAAGUGUAGGAUGACAGAAAAAUUCCACUUUGAUGCCCCAUCUGCUCUUUCAACGCGCAAACACGCUUACGAGGCCUCAACAAAGAUUGUCAACAGUAUCGGACAGCUAGGUGGUCGACCGCAGGCAGAUGUAAAAAAGUUUGACGAAAUUCUCACCAUGUCGAAAAAUUUGUUCCCAGAUUUACCGGCACCGUACUACGCGGCUCAUCUGCUUGCUACUCGCAAGCGUAAUCUGACUGAAGCCGAAUCGAAUCUACAUGCUUACGUGGAAACUCGAAUGGCAGCAGGCGGUCUGGAUAAGAGUAUGAGCAACACAUGCGCGUAUUUGUCGAUUGCAGCGGCAGCGAUGCACUUAUCAUUCGGUCAGUGGCAACGAAGCAAGUGUUUGGAAAAAGAAGCAUUAAAAAAAGCUUUAGAAAGUGAAUGCAAAGCACCACUCAAUCAUGUCAGGCACGUGGCUCUUGCCGAACUACGGACCAGUUUCUGGGACAUGGUUGAUUCGGGAGCUUCGGCUAAGGAUUUACUCGCUAUGUAUUUCAAUUCCGUGGUCGCCAUGUCGCCCACCUAUUUUGCUCUCUGCCUGUUAGAUGUGGCCACCUUAUGGUCAUUGUACGGCUAUCCCACCUUGUACGCUGCCUUACUUCAGUGUAUUGUGAACGCAGAUUGUCUACAACCCUGCCCAUAUUCGGAUGCUGUUUUGACCACGGCUUUCUCCGGACUGAUCAAGGAGUAUAAUGCCUCGGGUGCUGUGAGUGAGGCUCUUGAAGUAACCAAGGCGUGUAAUCGCGUGCUCUGCCGUUUCGUGGAGAAAUCCCUAAUCCAUCAAGCCAGUCUACAAGUCGAAUUGGAACAGGCUCUGCGUAGCCGAACAGAUCUGUCUCGUUGUGACCGUUUGAUUAACGCGUUACGGCUCUGUUGUCCUUGGGAAGCAGCAUUCUAUCAAGCAGAAGUGGAACGUUGUCGGGGCAAUCCACUCACCAGCCAUGAUUUGUUGCAACAUGUUGUGGACUCUGUCACCGAACGAUUGGGCCUGUCUGUUGAUGCCUGUGACCGAUUCUCAAUAGGACUACAAUCCAGUAGCGCUGUCAACCGGCAGGAAUCCAAAGAAUUACCGUUUACACGAGUCCAAUUCCCGCAGUUCAAUCGACAGAUUCCCGUCGGUGGUCAAGUGAAACUGGCACAAAUCGGUUUACGCGCGCACCUUGCACUGGCCUCGAGGCAUCUCAGUCGAGCUGCUGCCCUUGCGGAACGGUAUCGCCUGGGGCUGGGUGAAGUCACUGUCAGGCUUUUUCACCAAGUGAUCUCGGUCCAGUGUGGACAAAAUUUGACCGAUUCGAACGAUUUCAACUCGAUCGUUCACCAGCUGUUUCAUCGUGCGGAUCGAUGGGCCCGUUGUCGAUGUGUCGUUUUUGCAGCACGAAUCAAUCUCAAAAAUUGUGCGGUUGGUGCCGAACGCGAUCAAGGUAAUUUGGUUUUGUGCGGAUAUAUUUUUCUCUAA